AUGUCCUCCGACUCGAUGUCCGACUAUUCCCACGAUGAGGAGCACGACCCCCAGGCGGAUGAGCUCCGCGAAACAGCUCUAGUGACGCUGGAAACUCUCAUAAGCUCCUGCAGUCAGCAAAUGCAACCUUACCUAGCCAACGCUGUCAAAUCCUCCCUUCGAUUCCUCAAGUACGAUCCUAAUGUGGCCGAUGUCGAAGACGAUGAGGAAAUGGGAGGCACUCAGGAUGAUGGCUCCGAGGAUGACGCAACAGAGGAACCCGACUUGGAAGACGACGAAUUCGGUGACUUUGAAGAUGAAGGAGGCUAUAGUGAUAUCGAUGAUAUGAGUUGGAAGGUUCGCCGCUGCGCAGCAAAGUUGCUUUACACUGUCAUCUCAACUUACGGGCGUACUCGCGCUUUGGACGACACGUCUUUAUAUCAGCAAAUCGCUCCCGCUCUCAUUGCUCGGUUCAAGAAGGAGAGAGAAGAGAGUGUGAAGCUGGAGGUCGUCUCAACCAUGACUGCUCUCGUCCGAAAGACCAGUGAAGGAGCUAUGAUUAUAACCUCAAAUGGGUUUCUUGAAUCAGUGGGAGGAUCGAAAAACUCGAGAAAGAGGAGACGGCAAGACAGCGAUGCUAGUAUGAUUGAUUUUGAGCCCAGCAUUGGCACUUCUUCCGCAAUCAGCACGCCGGUUAUCGCUCCAUCGUCGCCCAAGACCGGUGCUCAGGCUGAGCUAAGCAGGUCGGUUCCGGUUAUCGUCCAGAGUUUGGUGAAGAUGUGGAAGUCGGCUUCGGUGCCAUUGAAACAAGCCAUCAUUGUCCUACUGAAGAGCUUGGCUCUCGUGCGCUAUGGCGGUCUAGCAGAUCAUCUGCAGCAGAUCGAAGAUCCCAUUGCCGAUGUCCUGAAGUCUUCAUCCACAGGCAGCGCGACUGCGACCGCUGGCCCCGCUGUCAGUGCCGGAACCCUACAAACCGAAACACUGAGCCUAAUCGCUGCCAUUGCCGAAACUCACACAUCAGAUGCACUUCUGCCCUUCCUGAUUGCGUUGAUUCCGGGCGUGAUCGGUGCUGUCAACGACCGGAACUACAAGGUCAGCAGCGAAGCUCUUGGAGCUGUCGAGCAAAUCAUCAAAGCUCUGACCCCUCCUCGUGUCUCUGCAGAUUCUCGUGAUCUCGCGUCGCAAUUAGAGAAGCUGUACGAUGAGAUCCUCUCCCGUAUCACAGAUACGAGUGCCGACCUUGAAGUUCGGCAGCGGGCCAUACAUGUCUUUGGUGUCCUUCUGGCACGUACGUCUGGGGAGAAGGGUUCUGAUUUCCUGUCGUCAGAUCGGCGAUCAAAGGGUCUUUCUGUCUUGGUAGAUCGCUUGAGGAAUGAGACUACACGCCUUGCCUCUGUCCGUGCCGUGGAUGAUGUAGCUGUUCUCUGCACCAAGGAAACAGACGUUACCGCAGCCUGGGUCAGUGAGGUGACUGUGGAACUUGGUGCCCAGCUACGAAAGUCGGACCGCGUUCUCCGUGGUGCGAGCCUGGAAACUUUACGUAGCUUGGCCAUGAACCCAAGGACAAGGACCCAUUACGACGGAAAGACAAUGAAGGAGCUGGAGGACUGCCUUCUGCCUCUAAUCAGCGCUGAUGACUUUCAUUUUCUUGCACCCUCCCUCAUUAUAUUGGCAAAGCUCAUACCGGGUAAUGCCCAGCUUCUUGUCAAUGAAGGCUUGGUCUCUGCUCUAUGCUCUAUUGUUCUCGCUCCACUCGUUGGCACGGUGCUCAAGGCAUUACUUCUCCUGGUGAAGGUUAUCGGAGAGGAAGGCGCUGGAGCCGAAUUGAUGCAGAAGCUUCUCCGGGACGUGGGUAUCAACGGCGACACCUCAGUGGUUGGAAGAGCGAUUGGAACUCUACUUGUCCAUGGCGGUCCCAAAUUAGGCGUUCGGAUGGAGGACUUCUUGACCGAAUUGCAAACUGCGCAGGAUGCUCAACGGAAAUGCCUUGCACUCGCCAUCAUUGGUGAGAUCGGUCUUCGUAUGGGCUCCACGUGCUCCUUAACUCCGGAUCUUUUUAUCACCCACUUCGAUUCAAAGUCUGAUAAGGUCAGGUUGGCUGCUGCUACUGCCCUUGGAAACGCGGCCGCAGGUAACGUGAAGACUUACAUGCCCAUCAUUUUGGAUGGCCUUACGAAAUCAAACCCUCGAAGCUAUCUGCUUCUGCACUCCGUUAAGGAAUUACUCCAACAUCCCGAGAUUGUUCGCCCUGAUGUCGCUCCUAUUGCUGUCAAGUUAUGGCAGGCUCUCCUUCUGGUGUCGGAAGAAGAGGACAAUCGUGCCGUGGGAGCAGAAUGCAUUGGUCGCCUGGCAUUGAUUGAUCCAGUGGCGUACAUCCCGCAUUUCCAGGACUACCUCUCCAGUUCCGAUCCAAACAUUCGGGGUGUUGUCAUAUCUGCAUUCCGUUACACUCUUACUGAUUCCAGGGGCUCUUACAACGAUGUGUUGAGACCUCUAAUUGUUCCGCUCCUGGUCAACAUGCUCAGUGACCGUGAUCUUGGCAACCACCGCCUCGCUCUGACAACGCUCAAUUCCGCCAUCCACAAUAAGAUGAACAUCAUCCUGCCUCACCUUAGCGAAUUGCUUCCGGCGGUCUUUGGCGACACCCAGGUCAAACCUGAACUCAUCCGCGAGGUGCAGAUGGGUCCAUUCAAGCACAAGGUUGACGAUGGCCUAGAGCUGCGUAAGAGCGCCUACGAAACACUUUAUGCCUCCUUGGACACCGCGUUCUCCGUCGCGCAUGUUUCCGAAUUUUUCGACCGUAUCCUAGCCGGACUCGAAGACGAGCAAGACAUCCGCACCAUAUGCAAUCUCAUGACCUCGAAACUUAUCCCAAUUGCACCAGAAGAAACUCAACGCUACCUCGACCAGCUUUCGGAACGUUACUCUGCCGUAUUGUCCUUCAAGCCCAAGGAUAAUGCAGUGAAGCAGGAACUCGAGAAAGCACAGGAGGCCUCCAUGGGUAUCCUCAAGGUGACGCGAGAGCUAAGCAAGGCUUUCCCCAACGCUGAGGUCUCCGGUGAUCAUCACAAGUGGAAAGCGUACCUGGAAUGGGUUCGAAAGACCUUUGCUACCCAGCUCAAGAGCCUCGAGACGGAAUUCUAG